AUGCAGCUACGCGGGCAGCAGAAGAGAACAUUUCUACCAUACGAGAGAGGAAUUCCUCCGGAGGCUUUGAGGCUGGGAAACCUCUAUAUAAACCCAUUGGAACCAACGGAUGGACUGGCGUCGCAUCGCUUCGAGUAUCGCAGAGAUAUCAUCGACCAGAAGGGGUAUGAAGCGCACAUCACGCAAUGGACAUGGAGAGAAGAGAAAGAUCAACCCUUCGCGAUCCAAUUUGAAAGAUCCCAGGGUGGGUCUAUAGGUGUGGGCUUCACAGACUGGAUCGGCAUCAGAGGAGAACGCGACAAGGGAACGCUAGUGACUUUGCAGGGCGCUUCUGGACGCCGCAUGAAGAUCCGAGACCCUGAAGAAUUCCUCGAAGAAGUCAUGCACCAGCAAGGCCUGGAAAAGCGCAUCCGAAAACACGCCUCCAUAACCCACAAAUCCAAAAACGGACGGCAUCGCUGGAAAGCCCCAGAACUCUGGAUGGUGACAGGCGUGCAGUACGUAACAGGCGGUGAUCUCCACUUCGAAAACCAUACGUCGAGCAAGAUAUCUGGAGAAGCUGGCGGCGACCUGGGCCUAGCGGUCGGUGCGCCUCCAGGCGUCCUUAAAGCCAAAGCGGAAGCCAGCCGGGAGAAGUCGAACGGCGCGCAGAAUGACUUCUCCCACGAAGACGAGCGGGUUUGGGCUGCGCAAUUCAUGCCUGUGAAGAUCGAGUUUGGGCCUCAGGAAGACCCGGAGCUCAGCAAUAACGGGAAGGAGAUGCAUCCAAAAACGAUACUGCAGUUCCAGUUGGAGGAUGUCCCGGACUUGACGCCCCAGGGGUUCCGAGUGAGCCAGGAGGAGCAGGCCGAGGAACCAGUCAGCGAUCCACCGGAACUAGUUGGCCGUAUCACAAUCCGACAGCCACCUGCGAAACCCGAUGGUUUGAAUGAUGCCAAUGCCAAAGAUCCGGAAGGUUUGAUAAUCGAUGACAUGCCAUACGUGGCGGCGAUACAGACCGCAAAUUGGGAAAUGUAUGACGAAUGCUCGAAGUAUCUUACGAGCGCGGAAAGAAGCCGCAAUCUGCUCGAGCGGGAGCAGAAUGGCGGACUGACGAGCGAGCCCGUGAGAUAA